GUAUACCGUUGUUGAGUCAACUAUCCAGUGGACCAUCCUCAGAAAUAUAAAUUGAAAAGAUCAUAGAAUAUUUCCACAUUCACAGUUGCAGUAUUUCUUGGAGAAAGAUGGUGAACAUGGGAGUGAAAAUUCUAUUGGUGGCAUUCGCCCUCAUCGGCGCGUUCGUCCCGGUUGCUUUCAGCUUAGUCGCUACUCCAGAGUCUCCAGAAGCUGCAGUCACUAUCGAGUCAUCGGCGGGAACAUUUGUUGCCAAGUAUCCUGGAGCUAAGUCACUGAAUUCCGUCGAUUGUGCGGGAGAAUAUGCUUUGAAGUGCGCUGAUUGUAGGAAUAUUGCAGUUUGCGCAGGCGAAAAAGCUCCCCUUGCCAUCAAAUCGUGCUCUAACUUUAAUCCUGCAAAACCAUAUUGCGUCAACGGAGCCUGUUCGAGCACAGUUGCUCCUGACACAGGAGUGUGUGCUGCCGAGUUCCGUUGUAGCAGCGAAGGUUACUUCCCACACCCCAACGAUUGCUCCAAGUACUAUUUCUGCGAUAAAGUCAACGGAAAUGCCUACGAAUAUAGUUGCGGAGAGAAUCGUGUCUAUUUGUCACGACAGAAGAGCUGCACUAACCGAACCAACGAAACAGAAUGUGAAACUAUUAACUGCCAAGAUUCCCCUAAUAGCUUUGUUCACUAUGGACCACAUUUAGCAUAUUACGCUUUUUGUUCCUCGGAAGCCGGUCGGAAGGAGACAGUGGUUUACAAAUGUCCUGAUGAAGAUACAUCUGAAUUUGAUAUGGAGACACUAUCUUGCGUUUACCGGUGCCCUGCAGAAGGACGACACUUCAACCCUAGUAGUUGCGCGAGUUUCUAUGAAUGCUACCGAUCUGGUCUAGAAUAUCAGGCUAUCAGAUGGUCAUGUCCCAUGGGAUUCCACUAUAAUACAUUGCUGCAGCGUUGCGAACCUGGACCCUGUCAGGCAGCGUAAAUUUCUUUAAAGAAGUUAAACUUUGGGCCAUGGAUUACGAGUGAAGAGUUUUAUGUUAUCUAGUUCGUUUUAUAUUAUUUAGUUAGUUUUAUGUUACGGUUAGUAAGCUAUUAUUUGUUCGAUAUAUUUAAAUUCAUUCCAAAAAUAUUAAAAAAGUGAGAAAACUCUCAAUAUCAAUAAAAUAAGUUUUGAAAAUCUGAAAAUAGA